GGGAAGCAGCUAACAACAUUCGCCUGAACAUUAUUUCAAGAAGAAGAAAACGAAGGCAAGGCUUUGUAGCGUGCGAAAGGCUACUCCAAACAACAUUGAAAUAGUAAAGAUUAUCCGUCAAAAAUGCUUCCUUUGUCACUGCUGAAGACGGCCCAGAACCAUCCAAUGCUGGUGGAGCUGAAGAAUGGAGAGACGUAUAACGGCCACCUGGUCAGCUGCGACAACUGGAUGAACAUCAACUUGAGAGAAGUCAUCUGUACCUCUCGGGAUGGUGACAAGUUCUGGAGGAUGCCUGAGUGCUACAUCCGAGGAAGUACCAUUAAGUAUCUGCGAAUCCCAGACGAGAUCAUUGACAUGGUGAAGGAGGAGGUGGUUUCCAAGGGUCGAGGAAGGGGAGGCGCCCAGCAGAACAAACAGCAGGGCAAAGGAAGAGGAGCAGGAGGCCGUGGUGUGUUUGGGGGCCGCGGUCGAGGAAUGAGCGGUGCCGGACGAGGUCAGCAGCAGCAGGAAAAGAAACCUGGCAAAGCACAGGGGAUGAAGAACCAACACUAACAUGGUGAAAUAUUAUCAAACGUACAAGGCAAGUUCCUCAGCACUCAAAUAAGAACUGACACUCAAGUGGUCGAGAUUAAACAUGUUGUGCUGAUUUAGGUCUGAUUACAGUGUACCAUUUCCAGCUUGUAGGCAGACAUGGAUCAGAAAUUUGUGUCGUGCGGUACACAGGAAUCGGGUUUUCAUUUCUGCAUGUUCUCAACUUGUGUCUCUUGAGUGUACUUUGCAUGGCACCUGUGCCCUACCUUAGUUUAAUUGAUCUGAAUUUUUUUCCAACUCUGCUCUUUAUUAUUCUGAUAUUUUGUGACAUUUUGUGUUUAUCACGAACACUUGAGUUGAAGCAUUGUACAAUUUGUGUAUAAAAAAGGUUGUUCUUGUAAGGCUGCAAGCCCAACGUGUGUGUUGUGAUCUUUUUUAUGACAAUAGAUGCUGUAAUGUAUGUACACGAGCACAUGGGAAUAAAGGUUGUUUUGUUUAAA